AUGGAAUCCCUGUCUUCAGAAAUUAUUGUUGCUGUCCGUCAUAUCCUUCCGGACUUGCACGAGAAUGAAGCUAGAGCUCUAUACCAACGCCUCGUCGAGCUUGGUGUAAAGACCCUUGAGGAUUUGAAUUAUGUGGAGCACACAGAGCUGAAAGGCGUACUCAAUGUGGUCAACAGCAGAAAACUCUUGAGACUCUGGAAUUCUGAGCCACCAUCUGAGCCACAAAAUCAUCGUGAAGGUCAACAGAACUACCUGGUCUCCCACACUUUGGACGAUCCUCAAAGUCAGGUUUCUGAGCUGCCAAUCACACCAGUUAUUAUCUCAUGUGGGACUCUGUUUCACGCAUCAUCUUUCAAGUUGCUGGUCGACAAGCAGAUCAUCAUCUCAGAUAUUAUCAACUUCUUUGAUGCUGUCUGCCAUCUUGUGGCAGCAUACUUUAUAUUUGGAGUUCAGUACCCUCAGGAGGCUGAGGCAACGUUUGAGUUCUUGCAGCGAUGCAUGUUUCGGAUCAAUCCUCCAAGCACAAUCCAAAAGAAACGGAAAGGACCGAAAGGAUCUAUCCUAAAAGUGGUGUCACUAAUAAGCAACCUCAAAGAAUAUGAAAACUCAAAGUGGGCCACCUUCUGAAGAGUUACCAAGAGAGUCACCGGACAGGUUUUUGUUUUCCUGUGGCGAAGGCU